ACAACAAGGUUGGUUAAAUGAUAACCCCAUUGCAAGAUUGGAAAUCCCGUAAUUUGAUGGUUUACUAUAAAAUCUAGGGAAAGCGUAUUUUGGUUAUCACAUCAAAAUGAAACUCUUUAGCUUCGUACUAGUUCUGACCAUCUUAGUUCUUCAUGCUGAAGCGCUGAAGGAUUUGAUGGGAACGCCUAUUCAGAAGUGCGUUAACUGCCUGUGUCACGCCAGAUCAGGAUGCUGGAGCAGAUUCAACUGUGCCAGAUAUUCGGUGAGUUUUGACUAUUGGAAAGUGGCUGGAAGUCCUGUUCUCAGUCCUGACGAUGAUCCAGAUUCCCAGGACAGCUACAAAAAAUGCAUGGCAAACGAGAAUUGCAUAGUAAACACCAUCGACAAGUAUACGACAUCCUUUGGGGAAAUUGACUGCAAUUGUGACGGUAAAUUCGAUUGCAAGGAUAGGUACGCGAUCCAUUUACAUGGUAGGAACUGUGAGAAUCCACAAUUUGGUGAAAGGUACGCAAGGAGGUUCAACCAUUGCGCUAGGAGCAUAGGAGUUGCGGAAAUGUUGGAGAAGGAAGGAUAUGAUGGUUGUAAUCCUUUUGUAGAUACUGUUUAGAAUAGUGUAGGAAGUUGUCCAGAUGAUUUUGUAUAUUAAAAAUUAAAUUUUUU